AUGGUCUCUAAUUUCGAAUCGGCCCUGCACGCGAUAGAUAAUGCGCACUCAGACGAUCCCAAUGUCGUGACAAUUGACGACAAACAGGUUCCCUAUGAACUUCACUACGCCAACAAAAUGUCCAAAUACCUCACCCUGCACACUCCGUCCCCGUCAGACCUCCUCCGUCUAGCGGUGCGCGCGCAGCACCUUCGCCGAUGGGAAGUACCUCGCUCUUCCUACCCAAUGAACAAAAUGGGCUAUCUAUCAUGGAGAGCAGCUUUAAAGAAGCGCCAUGCCAGCUUGGUGGAGGAGAUUUGUUUGAAUUCUGGCUAUUCGGCCGCGGACUCGGAGAGGGUUGCGGCCCUGGUUCGGAAGGAGAACAUGAAGACGGACGAGGAGUGUCAGGUCCUGGAGGACGUUGCGUGCUUGGUGUUCCUGGAUGACCAGUUCGAGGAGUUUGAGCGGGAGCACGACGAGGAGAAGGUGAUAGGGAUUCUCAGGAAAACAUGGGGCAAGAUGUCCGACAGGGGACAUGAGCUGGCUCUGGAGAUCCCGCUGUCAAGCAGAGGCAAGGAGCUGAUUACGAGGGCCUUGACGUAG